AUGGUGGCCGCCAAGUUAUCAUACGAGGAGUCUCGACGGCAGAGGAUGGAGGAAAACAAGAAGAGAAUGGAGGCACUGAAUCUGCCCCAGCUUGCUCAGGCUCUAAAAGCCCCAUCCUUUCCUAAACCCUCCCCUAUGAAGCGAGCAAAGCCUCAGACAGUCGAGAAGCAGAUGGUUGUGGUGAGGAGGUCCUCUCGCGUCGCAAACCUGCCUACCCCUGUUUACAAAGAAAUUGCUGUGGAUCCAUUGAGGAUGCCCAGAAGGCAUUCUAAUUCGAAGCAUAGGGAUUUUUCGAACCGGGUAUAUGCUUCAGAUGAAGCAAGAGCUGAGGCAACAGAGAGAGCCGAGGAAUUAGAGUCGGGUUUGGGAUCCGAUCACCCGACCUUUGUGAAACCCAUGCUCCAAUCACAUGUCACAGGUGGAUUCUGGCUGGGUCUUCCAAUCCAUUUCUGCAACAAGAACCUCCCAAAGCGCGAUGAAUCUGUGAUAUUGGUAGAUGAAGAUGGCGACGAGUACCAGACUGUAUACUUGGCCAAUAAACGAGGACUCAGUGGUGGGUGGAGAGGGUUUGCAAUUGCGCAUGAAUUGGUGGAUGGGGAUGCAUUGGUUUUUCAACUAAUCCGGCCUAAAACAUUCAAGGUAUACAUUAUAAGGGUGGAAAGAACUUAA